AUGACUGCAGAGUGCCACAUUCUGAGGGAGACUGAAGUUCCAGGCUACUUUUUGAACCUCGACGGCCAGGCCGUCGAAGUCAACGCAGCAAAGGUCACAACCAGCUUUGGGUUCAAGAACCACGUUGCCGCAAACAUCGUCAGAGAUGACAAGAUACACGAUUUGCAAAACGCAGUUAGAGUCUGCCUGAUAGAUGACUAUAUUCUGCACGCCGAGGAUACCUGCAAAGACAUGUUCGAGAUAGAUCUCAACGAUGUCGAAGCUACAGUAACAAGGUGGUGUGAGGAUAGCAUCGAGUUUCAGAAGGCACUGUACGGGGCGCUUGACAGGGUCAAGAACACCUUCGUCAUGGUACCGGGUUACGAAAACGAGCUGUGUAGCAUGUUGUGUGCCCAGGUGGAAAACGCAGUGACCGCCUAUAUCGCAAACAAAAAUGACGAGCUCAAGUGCUCCAAACACAACAUGUGCGAACUCACCCUCAACUUCGCAUUCGAUUACCUCAAUGAGCACAUUAUGGAGCACUUCAGGAGCACUUAUAGCAAGCAAGAGGAUAUUUUACAGGUUUGUUUAGUUAUAAACAUGCAACAUCGCAAUCAGAAUCGCAUCAUCAAACUUCGGAAGGAGAUGAACCUCAAUUCCACGCUUAACCUCCUGGACGGCAAAAGGCAGACCACCAACCACAACCUCAACCCCUCUUGCGAAGCUCUCAAAAUGAUGGCACAAACCAAGCUCCCGCAAGACAAGCUCAAGCACCUCGCCCGAGCCAUACAGUUCAACAAACCGGAGUCCCGUGACGAAGCCGCGUCAUUAUUCAUAUUGACGCUAGUGGCUAGCGGGCUCACGGAUGCUGUUGCCAAUUACGCGCUGGUUGACAUGUACGCCUCAGCAAAGUUCUGCAGGCACAAAGUGCCAACUCAACACCUAGACACAUUUAGAGAAGGACUGCAGUUUCUGCUAGAACACGCCUAA